CCAUGCACCCAGACACACUUCGAAACCGCUUGCGCAGAUAAAAGCUGCUGGCCAUCAAAGUGCUGUAGCUCAACCCCAAUCCCUCUCUCCUUUGCUGAAACCAUGCUAACUCCUGAUGCCAUUGCCCAGGUCCUUCGCCGUACCCGUGAUUGGCGUGAUCCCCUCAACUCGAACACUUUGUUCUACUGCGCCAACCCUCGAUGCUCGCACGAUCUCGCUAGGGAUGAGGAGUAUGAGGUUGAUCUUACAGCUACUAUCGUGACUUGCCCUGUCUGUGCCUCUGACACUUGUAGCGCUUGUAGUAUCUCACCCAUACUGGCCCCUGUGCUCUCGACUCCGCUGAAUCUCAGCUCCUCAACGCUCUGGAUCCGGAAAAGUUCAAGCGCUGCCCCUUCUGCGGUCUCCUCUGCGAACUCAUUUCCGGCUGUCAAUACAUGACUUGUCACGACUGCAGCGGUGAAUGGUGUUGGCUCUGCCUCGAGUCUUGGAGACGCUGUCGUGGUUCCUGCACAAUGUCAGAGGGCUUUAUCCCUAGAGAACAUCCUGAAGAGAGAAGGGGGCAUCGGAGGCACUGGGACGAGCUGUUCUUCUUUUUGGCUUCUGUGGUUGGAUUUGCCGUCGCUGGGUGAGUCGGCACUAUCGCUGUGUUGCUCACUUCAUUGGGUGAGAGAUGAAAGGAGGGAGAUGGUUCAUGCUUGUGGUAGACAUAUGAUGAA